CAGAGAUAGUGGGUUCAUCGUUCCUGGCUGCAAAAAUCCUUUCUCAUUAUGAUUGACUUUACGGAUGAUCUGGAAAACUGGAUGGGAAAACUGCCGGCCGAGUUAAAGGCCGUACCUAUCAUCCAUUUGGCUAUUCCCGGUUCGCACGACACGAUGUCGUACGGUAUUAAAAAUAAAGCACCGGUCGCCCCGGAUGCUGAUCCGAUUGUAGGAACGCUCAACAAAUUCAUCCCCUGUGUCGUACGGCGAUGGGCCGUAACGCAACGUUACAACAUGCUAGAGCAGCUAAAGUGUGGUGUAAGGUACUUUGAUUUGAGAAUUUGUAUGAAACGGCCAGAGAACAAAUUUUACUUUGUGCACGGUCUGUUUUGUGAGGAAAUAUCGGAACCGCUCGAUCAGCUGAAGGAAUUUCUGCGCACCCAUCCGAAGGAGUUUGUCGUGCUAGAUUGUCAGCAUUUCUAUUCGUUCAACCCAACCGAUCACUGCGUCCUGUCGGCGGAACUCAACCGUAUCUUCGAUAAAAAGAUAUACUCCCGCAAUGUAAGCGAACUGCAGGAAUGUACGCUUGAUUCUGCCACCGGCAAUGGCAAGCAGGUGUUGAUCGUGUACCGCAGCGAUGCGUGCGUUAACGAGCGGUUCUGGUUGAGCCAGGAUUGGCCGACGCCAUGGCCUAACGAGAUCAAUGUGAAGAAACUGCAGCAGUAUCUGGAUGAAUCGUUGACCCAGCGUCGGCCCGACACGGGAUUCGUAUCACAGUGUGUCCUGACGCCGACAGUGCGCUACAUAGUGCCCCGGUUCAUGUCCUCGCUGCGUGCCACCUGUGCAAAAGCGGUUGACCGACAGCUGAUGGACUGGAUCAAGGGCCAAGUGCCGGGUACGUUCGCCGGCGAGGAAAAGCCCCGCACCAAUGUAUUUCUGGCCGAUUUCGUCGACAUAGGAGACAAUCAAUUUUGCAAGGUGGUGGUAGGACUGAACAAGAAGCUGCUGGAGCAGGAGAACAACAGUACGCACAGUUCACCGUCAAAGAAGAGUUCGUAAAUUUGCUUCUUUUGCACGACCGUUUAAGAAAUGGUUAUUCGCGAUUCUCCUAGGGUUAGCCUAGGCUAUGGUAAAAUUAUGUGGUGUUCCAUUCGGACGGCGCUGUUACGUUGCAAAAUCUUUACAGUUUUUACUGUAUGAAACAUAUCUUUCUCUCUCCUUUUCAAAAGCUUUAAUUUCAUUACUGUGAUAUCCUGAUUUAGUUGAUCUCGGUUUCAAUGCGGAAUAUAAUUUCAUCUUGACCAACACAACGCGAAACAUCAUCCGAGAUGCUUGCACGAUUUUGUAGUUUAGCUUCUUAAAUGUAUUUUUAAAUGUAGAUUUUCGCAUCAUUAUCAUGAGCAUCAUGGCCAGUAAGCUGGACUCUACUGGUAGCAAUAAAGUGAUGACAAUUAUUCUUUUAUCGUUUAAAUGUAAAGUUAUGUAUAUUCAUACUUUCAAAAUAUCUGAAGGGCACAAAAUGUAAUAGUAAAAUAUUUUAUUUAACGAUUUAUUAAAAAAAAGGCAAAAGUGGAGGCUCCGUGACGGAUCAAUCGUUUUAUUCAAUGUUGGGGCAAAGGACAAUCGUCAGCAAAUGGUACAAUAUACUAAUGAUAAUCAGUGCAACAAUAUUACCAAUUUUUGCACAAACUAUGCACUAUUAUGAGAAAUACUGCAGAUCUAUGUAAAAACAACAACAAAAAACAUGUGGAAACAUUUGAUCUGAAGAAGUAGCGUCGCCUACAACUUUAUAAAACUUUAAAUGCGCACAGUGAGAAUCCGAUCACAACUACAAAUAUUAGCGUGUAAUUGUUGUAAGCAUACAGAGGAAAAAUACUUGCAUGUUUACAUCUACCGUGCCGAACAGAGCAUGCUCGGUAAUUACCACUUUGUAAAGCUAAACCGGAAACGGAACCCGUGAACCGCAAUGGUUUCAAAAUCAAAAUCAUUCUGAUUCCGAAUAUACCUCCAUAACAUCGUACAUGAGUGUGUAACAGAAAAUGCAGAAACGUUAUGUCUAAAGGUGUAUUACGCAUCACUAAAUGAAUAACCUCCUAUGUACGGCAGACAAGCUGUUGAAAUAUGUUGUUAGUAAAGGUGUGGUGUGCAAGCGAAUCGUAGCCUAAUGAGCUCCUGCAUGGGAAAUUAAUGGUUACAAUAUUCGUAAAAGUACGUGUACUUUUAUAUGUUAAUGGAAAGAAAGUAAAAAUAGCAAGAUCGAUCGCAUCACGCAGCAUAAAUAUAUCUUCGAGAGCGGAAUUAAGCAAGUAUAAGGGACAAAUAUAUCAGGAAGAGGGCCUACAAACCGACACGGACAUCACAAGCUCGUGAAAUACAGAAGGAAAUCAAUCAUUUUAAAGUAAAAAAGUUCUUCACUUUAAGCACUUCUUUGGUACUAUUAUCUACUUCAAUAGUGAAUUAGCCAGCGGAAACAUAGACGCUAGUAGAAUCUUGACUAACAUUCGGGUUCUUAAACCACUCACUACUUCCCGUCCAUCUCUACUGUAGCGGCUCCAUUUUGGGGGUACCGUGGGACAAGAUUAGUACAUAAUGUACUAAAACCAACAAAAUAUCGCCCUGUUGGCACUCUAUCGGAAUAACAACAUUAUUAUAUGGCGUCGUAAUAUAUUUGUACAUUGUGUAGCUAGUUUUAUGACUGAUAGACUUUUUUGAUAGAAGUUAAAUAAAACUCAAAACAAUCCACGCACCGUUUCAUAGCAUUUAACGAGGACACGCUGGUGUUUUGGAGAUACGACAUACGACUGAAAAACUUUAACAUCAUGCU